AAGGCGAGCAGUAAUUUAAAGAAAAACAGGAAGAGGAUCGCGAAGGGAACUGAAUUUUUCCUUCCUGCAUUAAGUUGGGCUGAUGAAACAGCGGAAACGUUAAAGUAUCGUCGAUACGAGAUUGAAGCGAGCUGGCGUUGUACGAGACAACAGAUCCAUCAGUGAAGAUGAGUGGCUUGGCGGUUUGUUUGAUACUCCUCUCGACAGUGCCGGGGAUCCUCGGCGAUUGUCCGGUGCGGCCGCCGCAAUGGGGAACCGUGAGGGAGAGAGUUCUUCAGGACGGUACUCUGCAGAUUGUGUACUCGUGCGAGCCGGGCCGUAAACUGAAGGGUCACAAGAUAGCGACUUGCACCGCUGACGGCUGGGACGAGCCCGUCCCGAAAUGCGUGCCUCAUAUAAUACGACGUUUCCGUAACGACCUUUAUGUCGGCGAUCAACCAAUCGUUCCGGACUGGGACAAGGUACAAAUCGCGAAGGAUCGUCUUAAGGCGUUAGAGAGGAUAGACGAUUUAAAAAAGCGCAGAAAAACAAAGGAGGGCAACAAGAGGAAAAAGAAAUGGAAGAGGCCGGUGAAAUCCUCGUCGAGGCUACCUACGGCAACAAGAUUAAACGAAACCGUAGUGUCCCAAUUGGAUAUCAGCUGUGCUGCGAGAAAAAGCCUUAGAAAGGGACUCAUCAAGGCUCCUUCGAUCGAGAAUGCUCGCCCCGCCAAAUACGCCAGGAGAAAGAACGUACUGCCGCCGUAUAAUCGAUACCUGGUUGCGGUUUACGAGUGCGCGGAUGGUUACAUCUUCGUGGAUUCGACGACGGACAGGCUUUUUUGCAGUAACGGCACCUGGCUGGGACGUCGUCCGAGAUGCGUGAGAGACAAUCAAGUCCCAGCGGAUAAGGUGAAACGUUGCGAUCAGGGAACAGGCGAAUGCGAACACGUAUGUGAGGAUACGCCAAGCGGCAUAAAGUGUUCCUGCUUCGACGGCUUUCGAGCUAAAGGACCGUCCUGUAUCGACAUCGACGAGUGUGCAGAAGGCAUAGCAAAAUGUACCGAUAUUUGUCGCAACGAACCCGGUUCGUACUCUUGUGAGUGUCAUGGUGGUUUUCAGCUGGGGACCGAUGGUCGUUCUUGCCAAGACAUCAAUGAAUGCCUCUCGAACAAUGGGCACGGACCUUGCCAAGGUACUUGUCGCAAUCUCCAGGGAAGCUACGAGUGCAGUUGCACGGAUAUUCCCGGGUACAAAUUAGCUGCCGACAAUCACACUUGCGAAGACAUCGACGAGUGCGCGCUGAACAACGCGAAUUGUUCUCAUCUGUGUUUAAACACGCCCGGGAGCGUCUUCUGCCUCUGCCCGGAUGGUUUUUAUCUGACGAAUGAUUGGAAAACCUGUCAGGAUAUUAAUGAAUGCGAGGUAACUCCAAAGAUAUGUGCGGAGAACACUGAAUGCGAGAAUACAGUGGGAUCAUACAAGUGUACAAGUACAAUACAUCCUCACGUGGUAACGAAGAUCCUUCGAGAAGAGGACUACGACGAUGACAAUGAAGACAACGAUGAUGAAGACGAGAACAAUGACGAUGAUUACGGGGAAGAGAUUACCGAAAUUCCGCAGAGCUCGAGGUGCGAAAAUGGUUUUAAGAAAAAUGAAAAUUUAGAGUGCGUUGAUGUGAACGAGUGCGCCGAGAUCGAAUCGCACCGCUGCCAGCACGAGUGCGUCAACGAGCCGGGUGGUUAUCAUUGUGCCUGUCGACCUGGUUACGAGCUCGCGGAAGACGGUGCGACGUGUGAGGACGUGGACGAGUGCGAUGUACCAUCCCGACCGUGUUCGCACAUCUGCCGCAACACCGAUGGCGCGUACGUGUGCCAGUGUUUUUCAGGGUUCACGCUGACGGACGACAACGCGACUUGCGUCGAGGAGAGCGCGCAGUUCAAGAACUGCUUCAGCCUGGCGAAACCGUGUUCCCACAUCUGCGAGGACACCACGGAGGGACCGCGAUGCGUUUGCCCGACUGGAUACGAGCUGUCGGACGACCGUGCGACCUGCGCGGAUGUCGACGAGUGCGCCCGGGACGCUCCGUGUUCGCAUUCGUGCGUUAAUCUCGAAGGCGGUUUUACUUGCACGUGCCCGAACGGUCUGGAGAUCCUCGAGCACGCGAGUAAAUAUAACUGUACCGACGUGGACGAGUGCGGCGGGGAUGAUCACGGUUGCCAGCACCGAUGCGUGAAUCUGCACGGCGGACACGAAUGCGCCUGUCAUUCGGGAUUCGUCCUGGAUACCGAUGGCAGAUCCUGCAUCGACGUGGACGAGUGCGCGGAAGGAUCGCACGGGUGCUCGCAUGAAUGCGAGAACGAGGAGGGCGCUUACAAGUGCGGGUGUCCUGGCGAUAUGUCCUUGGAUGAAACCGGCAGGAGCUGCGUUUUGUUCGACGCGUGCGAAAUCGCGAAUUGCAGUCACGCCUGCGAGAAGGAUCGGGGCACCUACAGGUGCGUCUGCCAAGAGGGAUAUAUCUUGCAGAAGGACGAGAAAACCUGCCUGGAUAUGGACGAGUGUUUCGAGAAUGAGCACGAUUGUUCGCAUGAAUGCAUCAACGUUCUCGGAAGUUACAGAUGCGCCUGUCCGCAGGAUAUGAAACUUCUCGAGGAUGGUCUCACCUGCGGGGAUCCGGCAUGCCCUCAGGGGCUUCGACAGGACGAGCAUGGCGAGUGCCGGGAUAUCGACGAGUGUCUCGAAGGUGAAUACGAGUGUUCGCAUUUCUGUUACAACGUGUAUGGGUCUUAUCGAUGCUCGUGUCCUUCCGGCUGGGUCCUGGAGGACGACAGUCUCACUUGCGCGAGGAGUGAUCCUUGCUCCAAUUCCUCGUGCUCGCACUCGUGCGUUCCAUCGGACUCGGGCUAUAAAUGUGAGUGUCCUUCGGGUUAUCUUCUCGACGGGGACGCGUGCAAGGAUAAGAACGAAUGCGAGGACGAGGUGACGAACGGCUGCAGUCACGAUUGCAGAAAUCAAGAGGGUUCCUAUUCAUGCUCUUGUCCGGCGGGAAUGGAGCUUCGAGAGGAUAAUCGUACGUGCGCAGUCAUCCCGGACGAAUGCGCGAAAUCUCGAGGAAAUAAUAACUGUACUUGUCCCGCGGGAUAUACUUACUCGCGAAGAGAGCGUAUCUGCGAGGACGUUGACGAGUGCCAGGACAAACAGGGACACGAUUGUUCCCACGACUGUAUUAAUACCGACGGCUCUUAUUACUGCGAGUGUCCUCUCGGUUGGCGGCUGCGGGAGGAUUCUAGGACCUGCCAGGAGCCGCCAGAUGAUCCUUGCUCCAAGGAUCACGCGGGUUGCUCACACACGUGCGAACGGGAUGACGACCGCGUUCGUUGCGGUUGUCCGGAAGGAUACGAGCUACAGGAUGACGGGAAGACUUGUCGGGACGUGGACGAAUGCUCCGAAGGUUCCCAUGCGUGCAGUGACAUUUGCUUAAACGUCGAAGGCGCUUAUCAUUGUCAGUGUCCUUCGGGAUUUCGGUUGGGAGACGAUCACAGAACCUGUCAGGACAUCGACGAAUGUUCGUCCGAAGAGGCCGAUUGCUCUCAUGGCUGCUUGAACGUAAACGGUACUUAUAACUGCACCUGUCCUGAAGGAUACGAGCUACAGGAUGAUGAUAGAACGUGCGAGGUUGCGAAUAAAUGCGUCGCCUUGAACAAUUCUUGUUCGCACAGCUGUAUAACCCAUAACGGCACUCACGAAUGCUCGUGCCCUGCGGGAUACCACAUUGGCGAGGAUGGCAGGACCUGCGAGGACAUCAACGAGUGCGUCCAGGACAACGGAGGAUGUUCCCAUCUUUGUGCGAACACGGAGGGUGGCGUCGAGUGCGCGUGUCCCGAAAAUUAUGAGCUGUUAGAGGACGAUGGCAAGACGUGCGUAGAGAUAAACGCGUGUUCCAUCGAUAACGGGGGAUGCUCGCAUUUCUGUCGCCACGAGGACAACCGGUUAUUCUGCUCCUGCCCGCCUGGAAUGGUCCUGUCCGAGGAAACGGUGUGUACGUACGAAAACGAUUGUCUGCAGGACAACGGUGGCUGUUCCCAUUUGUGUUACCACGAAGCCGGAAACGUCACCUGCGCCUGUCCAUCCGGUAUGAUUCUAGCGGAGGAUCAACGGCUCUGCGUGCAGGAAGACGGGUGCGCGAUCGAGAAUGGCGGCUGUUCCCAUUUCUGCCACGAUCACGAUGGUAACGUGACGUGUUCGUGUCCCGUAGGGAUGUCCCUGUCUCAGGACGACGGCACUCUUUGCAUUCACGAGAACGGGUGCGUUCUUAACAACGGCAAAUGCUCGGAUACCUGUACUUUCGUUAACGGUUCGGCCGUCUGCGAAUGUCCCGAAGGCUACCGUCUGUCAUCGCGAGACAACGCUACCUGCGUGGACGUCGACGAGUGCUUGGAGCUGCUAGACAACUGCACUCAUCAAUGUUUCAACAUUCCAGGCGGUUUCAACUGCAGCUGCAACGCUGGCUUCUCGCAGAAUUCUCAAGAUCCGACCCUAUGCGACGACGUCGACGAGUGCGAAAUCGAGAACGCAGGAUGCUCGCAUUCCUGCGUAAACCUGGUGGGCACCUUCAGAUGUCAGUGUCCAAUCGGACACGUCUUGGAGCGAAACAACAAGACUUGCGUUUUGGUGGAUGGCUGCAAGAACGACAACGGCAACUGCUCCCAUCACUGUCAUCGAGUGGAUGCUGCCGAUGGAAUUCCGGUCACUCGUUGCUCCUGUCCGCCCGGCUUCCGCCUGAAGCGCGAUCUUAAGACCUGCGAGGACGUUAACGAGUGCGAGGAAUUUGAGAACGACGUGGAAUCGGGCUGCUCUCACACCUGCGUGAACACCGAAGGCGGUUACGACUGCGAGUGUCCAGUCGGUUACAUUCUGAUGCCGGACGAUCGGAAGAACUGCGUGGAUGUGGACGAAUGUCUGACCAAUCGUCACAAUUGCACACACGACUGUGUGAACUUGCUAGGCGGUUACACGUGCACUUGCUACAAAGGACAUUAUUUGCACGCUGACAAUUUAACCUGCCUGGAUAUCGACGAGUGUUCCAAGCUGAAUGGCGGGUGCUCGCAUAAUUGUACCAACACCAUCGGUGGCCACUUGUGCUUCUGUCCGACGGGCUACGAGCUGUCACAGGACGACGAGAAGACUUGCAUCGAUAUCGACGAGUGCUUGAGUGACAACGGCGGAUGUGAUCACAAGUGCGUUAACACCGUGGGCUCCUUCAGCUGUGAAUGUCCACCGAAUCAUGAAUCGUGGAAUGGAUCCUGCCGACCGUUCAAUCCUUGCCGAGACCAUAAUGGUGGCUGCGAGCACAUUUGCGCAGCAGUGAACGGUACCGUAAUAUGUUCGUGCGAGAAAGGCUUCCAAAGGGACGAGAUCGACGGUUUCAAAUGUCGUGAUAUUGACGAGUGCGAGGAACAGCACGGCUGCGAUCAUAUUUGCGUCAACAAUCCCGGCUCGUACGAGUGCAGAUGUAAGGAAGGAUUCCAAAUGGUGAAUUCUACUUGUGAAGACGUCAACGAAUGCGCAGCCGGUAUUUGCAAGGGCAACAAAUGCACCAACAUGCCGGGCAGUUAUCGUUGCGAGUGUGAGGCAGGAUAUCGAUUCCACGGUGAUACCUGUGUAGACGUCGACGAAUGCCUGGAAGAGACACCCUGCAGCGAUAGAUGUGUCAAUACACCUGGAUCGUACUACUGUACGUGCUCCGUCGGAUUUCAACUGGAAGGGAACAAAUGUGUAGAUAUUGAUGAAUGCGAAUGGCGUCGCGACAGAUGCGAUCAAGAAUGCGUCAAUACCGUAGGAUCAUUUGUUUGCGCCUGUCGCGCCGGAUAUACGUUAAUUUUGAGGAGUCAAUGUCAAGACGUGAACGAAUGUCUAAACCGGAACGGCGGUUGCACUGGCGAGUGCAUCAACACCGCCGGAAGUUACUAUUGCGUCUGCAGUGAGGAUUUGGUGUUGGCGCCCGACGAGAGAACUUGUGUCUCGCCAACGUCGGAAUGCCGUGCCAUGGAGCCACCUAUACACGGAGAGAUCAGAUGUCCAGGACAUUCUUCCGGCGCGUCCGCCUAUCCUCAGGGCGCCAAGUGUCACGUCCGAUGUCGCAGAGGCUUCCGGCUAGAAGGGGCGCAUACGAGACACUGCGUCAGCGACGGCCACUGGAACGGGAGAGAACCUAUGUGUCUGCCCGAAGUCGCAACAGACCUUUUUCACAAUCCAAACACGCCACAACCGUUCGUGAGCUGCCCCCAGGACAUGGACGUCGAAUUACCGGCUAGGCAAAACACGAUACGUGUAACUUUCCCGCAACCAAAGUCCAACAUGGAUUGGUGGAGAUACGUACAUGCUUCACCUUCAUGGGCAAAGCAAUUGCAAGGGAAUCUGCCGGCGGGCACGACGGUCGUUACCUUCACGGCAUGGUCGCCGGUCUCUAAUUACACCAGCACCUGUAGGAUCGUGAUAAGAGUUCGCGAUACCGAAAACCCGAAGGUUACUAUGUGUCCCGUGUCUUUCGAGGUCAGACUGAGCCCGGGGGAACGAAAUCGUCUGAUAUUCUGGCAAGAACCGACCUUCACCGAUAACAUUGGCGUGAGACACGUUUAUAAAACGAGGGGACCUGGACACGUGAUGUAUCCCGGCAUUCACGAUGUGCGCUACGUCGCCUCGGAUGCAGCCGGAAAUCGAGCCGAAUGCCAUUUCUCGAUACACGUGAGAGAAUCCACGGAUGUUCUCGAUUCCGAGCCGAGAUUCUACAGAAGAAGGAUGCUGAUGUGCCCUGGCAGAUCGCCCCAGUCCGUGCCCAGCUCCUCAUACGAGUGGCAAAUACCGAGCGGUUGUUACUUAAGAUACACCAGAAUCUUCUCGGGAGCUUAUCAGCGGCAUUCGGAGCAUCGACAGAACGGUUACCCGGACACUGAGGCCCCUUAUCGCGAACUUCCGCCUACCCGGCAGACUCCGAGUCGUCCAGACAAUGCCAGGACGUAUAAUACCGACAAUUAUCGACAUCCAGGCCGACAACAAUACCACCCCCUCCGGCAGGAAUGGGAGCAGCAGCUGCAGCAGCGGCAAUAUCGGCAACGCGCCACGAGGACCGAUCACGUAGUUUCGCUACCGACUCAUUACGGCGCGGGCCGCGUCGAGACUAGAAUAUUGCCGCCCCGGCAUGAAUGCUGCACGUAAGGGCUCGUGAACGACAUGUAAUAGGCGAACGUAAGUUAACUCCGCCAGUCUCUCCCCCGAAGGAUAGGCUGUCGUGUAAAUCGGCAGCUGCGAGCUCCUGCUCCGCGUACCCACACAACUAGUACGAAGAUCGAUUGGUGUAAUUAACUCGCCGGAAAGUGUAGCCUAAAAGAAAAUGAUGUAAUACGGUAACUUUGUAAUACUCGCGGGCACUGGUAUUUCGGUUUCGUAAGCGGUCGCGUUAUUUUUUUCGAGGUAUCCACUUUUUGUUAUCACACUUUCGCUGCGCACGAUUUUUAAAUGAAGGAACGUAUGAACCUAUUAAUAUAAUCGGCAUACGUUCGCGGAAUUGUCACAUUUUCGCGGAGGGAGCAUUAAUUAUACGGAAAAUUGGAUUCUGGCGUGAAAUUAAUUAAUUUUCACAUAUAUUAUAGCGUAUAAUAUGGCGAACAAGAAAUAUGUCGGGGCUCGAUAAUGAAUAGUUUUUGAUCCACUGUGCAUCGAAAAUGUAAAACUUUCCAGACGGCGCUAUAUCCAAAAUUGUAACAUAAUACAUCUUUAAAACAUCAUACCGUGAGAUAUUUCAAAGAUGUCUGAGAUGUGUCUUUUGGAUAUCUUAUGUCUCCAUUUUGGACAUGUGUAUUUCGGUUGCACCUUUGAACACCAUAGUUCAAAAACACUGUGCAUUAUUUGUGUUUGCAACAUCUUUUCAUCCAUUAUAUGUAAAACGUAACUCCUCAAGCAACAAAAAGUUCAAAAUCGGAACGCACUUAAGUCCAAGUCCACAACCUUUAAAAAAUCGUAAGCUGUAAAGCCGCAAAAAAUGAUCAAUCACAGUCGAUUAUUUUUCUCAUAUUCAAUUGUGAUUGAUCAUUUUUGGCGGCUUUACAACUUACAGUCUCUUAAAACAAGACUGUGGACCUGGACUAAGAUGUCUUCAAGAUGUCUUUUAGACGUCUUUAAGAUGUCUUUAAGAUGUCUUUUGUCUCAUUUCGAACAUGUAUAUUGUCUGGGUCAUUUCAUUGGGAUCCAAUUUUCCUUAUAAUCAGUGCGUCCUUUGUCAAGACACUUCAGAACUCGUGCCUCGGUCAGUGACAUCGCAGCAGUAGAUUAUUUCCGCAUAGCGAAGUAGAUCAGCAACGAAAUAAGUCUGCCAAUCGUCAAUAAUACCAUUUAAAAGUAGAUAAUAUAAAAUAAGUGAGUCCGCACGAACCGACGCGACACGGCGUGCGCGCGACGUUGUUUUAAUAAGCGACAUCAAUAAAAUCGUAUAUAACGAUAAAUUUGUUAUGCAAUAAUAAUAACAAACAGCCGUACCUGCGGCCGCGCCGAAUCGCGACGGUUAGCGCAGAUUGCAUGGCGAUUUUUUUUUUUUGUAAUAUACAUACGUACAUAUAUAUAUAUAUGUAUACACGUAUAUUUAAUACAUAAAUUUUAUACAUCUAUAUUAAUAUACGUACGAUGACAAUCGAUCGUUAUCGUAACAAUGAUAUGCGAGUGACGGUAGAGGAAUAUUAAUAAAUAGUAAACGAAAUAUCUAUCUAUCUUCUUAUACGCUACCGACAUGAGGUUGGAUCGCACUCUGGCGGGGAUAAUUUUGUGGACCGGAAUGUUUAAGUUUUAUAUGUAACUCUACAU